AUAUUAUUUUUACUGUCAACACAAAGCAAUGUAUUAGGCGAGAUUCUACAAAAGAAAACAGAUUUUUAGUGAAAAAAAUAAUGAUGAAAUGAUAAAGUUUUAGCUAAUAAUAAAACUAAUAAAUGUAGUGAAAGUUAAAGAUGACUUCAGAGUUUAUCCAAAUUAAGAAAGAGCCAGUGUGUGGCGAAACACCAUCGUCCCAUGAAAUCGUAAAUAAUGUUAAUAAUAAACAAAUUACAGAAAAUGUCGGUGUCUUUGAACAGAAAAUAGUAAGUGUUGAAUUUGUGAACAUUAAAGUGGAGCCGCGGGACGAUGUUAAACAUGAGCCCAGCCUGCUUGUUGAGACCUCAACAUUUCACAAUACAACCAUUAAAGAGGAACCCGGUUACCACAACAUAGGCGUAGAAGUGUCCAUUAAAGAAGAGCCCUUGGAUAGUGAUCAUGUGGAGUCGUCCAACUUCAGUGUGCCCGAGACUGUGAGAGGUCCCCCAUGUAAUGUUUAUAUCAGUAAUGUGUCGGAGGAGGUGUUGAGUCUGAACUCGACUGUGGACGGUAAGUACAUGUGUCCCAUAUGUUACAAGAGAUUCGCCAACAAAGGUAAUGUUCAGAGACAUGUGGCUCUACACUCGAGGGAGAAAUGGGAGUGUGAAGUGUGCUUCAGACAGUUCUUCAAGAAGAUGCUGUAUGAGAAGCACGUCCUGACGCAUUCCACGGAGAAGAGAUUCAAGUGUGAGGAGUGCCAGAAGACGUUCAGGACGUCCUCCAACCUGGAGCAGCACAAGAGGAUACAUCUCACGGUCAAACCCUUCGAGUGUGACACCUGCAAGCGACAGUUCUCCGUGAGAGCGAACUUACUGAAGCAUCAGGGCGCGGGCAGGUGUAAGAAACCCAGCGACAAGCCCAUAGAGUGCGGAGUCUGUCAGAAGGUUUUCCAGAAGGAGUUCCUGUUGAAGAGUCACCUCAGGAGACACACGACGGAGCGGCCGUUCGUCUGCGACAAAUGUAAGAUGAGUUUCAAGUACAAGUCGACUCUGAUACGUCACGUGCAGCUCCACAACGGCAUCAAACCUUACUCCUGCAAGAUAUGCAGGAAGAGGUUCACCCACGCGGGACUCAUCAAACCUCACAUGAGGAAACACACGGGCGAGAAGCCCUACUCGUGUCCGGUCUGCGCCAAGAGCUUCGCCCACAAACACAACAUGCAGCGACACACGGUCCGCCAUUCGAAGAUAAAGAACACGGUGUGCGCCGUCUGCAACAAGACAUUCCCCAAGGAGAGCCGGCUCAUCUACCACAUGAGGACGCACACCAACGCGAAGCCGUUCGCGUGCGGAGUCUGCGAGAAGAAGUUCUCCCACAGGCAGAACAUCAUCAGGCACUACGGGCGGAAACAUCCCGGAGACACGUACGAGUGUCGGGACACGGACGCCAGCGUGGCCAAGGACGUGUGGGAGAACGUCGUGAGGAACAUGAACCCGGACGCGCACGGCGACGUCAGGAUAACGCCGGACUGAAACAGAACUCUGUCGCGCUCGGUGUGCGUCUACCCUCCACAUACAUCUGUCAGUAGUGCGGCUCUUAUUUUUGUUAUUGCCGUGAGAUUAUUUUUUAAUGUUUUCGUUUGAUCUUUCUCUUGUUGCGUCGUCAGGUUUUCGUGAAGGUGUAUUUAUACUUUGUUAAAUUCUAAGAUUUGUUUUAAAAACAAACCUGUAACUAUAUAGUUACAGUCCGCUACAUACGAGUCACGUGUGACUAACGUCCUCGUCUGUUUGUUCGUUUCUCGUGGACUCUAUCAUUAUUUUCAGAUCGCAAUAUAUCUGUUGCUUAUUUCGUGUUUUGCCAAUCGUUGUAGAUCUCUUGCCAGUCGUUUCCUCCUGUUAGUGUAACGUGCUAGUCUAAUAUAUUAUGUUAAGAGAGUAAUAUUUUAACUACGGUUAGGGUUCUCAGUUCAACCUCUCCUGUUCGUUAGGAUCCAACUCAUAUUUCGCUCUAUAUUCUAACAAAGUUUAUUUAUUUGUUGUACAUUUUCUAUAUCGGAGUGAACCUUGACCUUGUAUAUGAAUAUAUUUACAUAGAGCAUAAAUUAAAAUAAUGCAAUAUUAUAAAUUCUUAAGUUUUGUUUUUGUUAAUAUUUUAUAUGAAGCUGUUCGAAUAUUCAGGUUUACCGGAUGGAAGGCAGCGAACAAUGUUUUUAUUAAAUAUUGAAACACU